AAGCUGAGAUGUUUCCUGAAUCUCCAAUUUCCAGUAGUUUCCGAGCUACCUAACCUAACCAAAUUUUCUCAAACUCAGAAAAAUCGAUUCAUUUCCACACCUGCACUACGAUGACUAGUCUCAGCAACUGCGCGCCGCCGCCGCCGUCCUUCCUCCGCCGCACAACGGCCGGUUUCCACCCCAACCGCCGUUUCUUCUUCAGUGCCAACUCCCGCGAAUUCUCCUGGUCAGCGGGCUAUUCUCCACAUCGCCGCCGCUCAUCGUAUUGCUGCAGUAGCUCCGUGAAGGAUACGACGGAAAAUGGUGCUGCGGCGGCGGAGGGGAGUGAAAUUCCGGUUAGAAUAGUGGCUGUCGUCGGAGAGGGUAGCGUCAGCCCUCUCAAGUCCGCGUCUUGGUACGACGUCAUGCUUCACACUGCCAAGAGAUUGAAAUGGGUUGAUGAAGGGUACGAAAUGGUGGUGUAUGAUGACAAUGCUUGUCAAGGUGAGAAUGCGAUCACGGAGCCGCUUCAUCGCGACGUGAGGCAAGCAAACAUCUUGUUGGUUGUUGCUGUUACUGAUCAAGAAUCCAUCAGAUGGAUUCAGUCCAACAGUCAAGACGUUGCGAAUAUCAUAUGUUUCGACUCCUCUCCAUCUCUAACGAACAAAUUAGGCGGAUCCCUCGUGCAGACCAGAGCUGCAGGGAGUAUCUUUGGUAACAUCAUCACGUUGCCUCAACCUAAGAAGGUGAAGGAAUCGGAGGAAGUGGCUAAGUCAGUGAAUGAGGCGUGGAGCAGGCACAACUCUGAUGAUAUAAGGUUCUGUUUGUUGGUCGUCGUGAAUGCUUUCAUCAAGCCGGUUCCUGUGCUGAAGAACCUACGGGCGAAGGGCUUCUCGACGUUGAGCUGCAUGGUGAAGAACUGCGGCCCUCAGAUCUUAAACUGUUUGCUGGAUGAGAAUUGCAGGAAGGCCCUACAAUGCUUGAACCGUUGCAGCCCGGUCGACCAGGUCUGCAACUAUAAAUGCAUCGCCUCGUAUGAGAGCCGGGAGCUGGAGGAGUUCUCGCUCUGCGUUCUGCAGAAGCACAACUGCCUCGAGCUGGAUGCGAGGAUCCCGGAGAAGCCUGUUGUUUUCCCCAUGGUGCAGUUCCGGGGGGAGGAGCUGGACCACGAGACUGCUGAGGAUCUCUUCGUGGGCUGGCUGGGGCGUCUGGAGUGGAGCUGGCGCGUCGUUGCCGGGCAGAAUCCGGCAUACGACCAGUUCCCGUGCCAGUACCAGCUGUUCUACCGGGGGAGGGCGAAGGGGUCGUUCUGGUACGAGCCGGUUUUUCAGGUGCGGACGCUGGACGGUGAUCUGGUGUGGAGGAGGAGGAGGUACCGUGUGAAGAGGGGGAAAAGGCCCGGGACGUUCGACUUCAGCGUGCUGGACAAUGGCGUCGUGUCAAACGAGAUGUGGACGAUUGUGGACGUGGCUGAUGAUCUCGGGUGGGGUUUGUUUCACUACCACGGAGCGGCUCGGGUGGCGGGGCAGUCGUACACGGGGGCUGUGCUUGUUAGCCCGACCGGGCUCUACCCGGACGGGAGCCAGCACCGGAGAGUGGCGGCUGCACUGGAGAGAUGCAGCAUCAAGGAGUGGGAGGUUUUUGAUGUUGAUAAUUGCUCAUGCCAUAAUCCACCUUUGGCUCUGCCAGAAGAUUCUAGAUUGCAUUGUAAGGUGAGAGUUGUAUCUUUGGAAGAUACUUCUGCAAGUGUUUGAAGAGAAUGUCUGAAUUUAGACACAGAAGAAUGUUGUGAAUAUUCUGAAUCAUUUUUUUUUUUGGAAACAAAUAUUGUGAAUCAUUUAUAUGUUGUAAGUUCCAAAUGUGUAAUGUGAUAUUAUAAAGUUUGUAAAGUACUAGAAUUCAUUGUC